UCUGUCCAGUCUCUACUGUAGUCGCUGGUUUUAGUCCAUAUCCUUUGUAUUAGCCCAGACCCGAGCCUUCCGAUGCGCCUCAUCCAAUGAGCGCACAGCACAGGCUCACGACUGUGAUACCAGCAUGUGGAGGCUGACAGCAGAUGAUGCAACUCCAACACACCAUGAAGGAUGCCCCACCAAGAUGAACAAGCCUUACUGGAGUUGAAUAUGCACAGAGAGACAUGGUGCCAGGUGGAAGGCGGACCACGUCAGUCCUGGAACCGAGCCCAAAGAAAGCACUACAGAAAACACCUGAAGACCAGCUCCAGUCUGGAUCAGGCUCUGAGGGGUCAGAACCAAGCCAGGACCUCCCGUCUGGACCACCCUGCAUCCGCUCCACUGGCCCAAAGGCGGCACUUUGAGGACAGCUAUUAUUCCCACCUGGUGUAGACUUCUGUGACUGGACUACCUCAAAAAAGAAGUGUUCAUAUGUCCUUUU